CGGCGGCAGUUUGAAGUCUGUGCGCGCGCGCCGUAGCCCGAAGACAAGAUGGCGGCCCUGGACCGCAGCUACAUCGAGAUCUGCGGGUUCGAGCGAAGCGGCGCGUGCCGUUUCCGAGAGGUGACCGUGACUCAGACAGGUGUUAGCUGUCUCCCUGGGGGGUUGAAGGUUCCCGACAACGCCGGAGCCUUUCAUUAUGAGGAGAGCGGCAACCUGUCGACUGUCACCAGCAACAGAUUUGUCCACUGGAUCACGUCGGGAGACACGGUGCAGCUGGUGGAGGAGUCUCUGGACAUCAACCUCCUGAACAAUGCCGUCAAGUUCAAGUUCCCCCACUGCUCUGUCCUGCCUGGGGGGGUCAGCAUACAGGAGACCCUCUACAAUGUCAUCAUCCUCAUCUGCACCAAUCAGAGUGUCCACAGAGUGCUGCUGCCUCAUCCUGCUCGCAUGUACCGCAGCGAACUUGUCUCUGAGCUGCACAUGCAGUCCAUCUUCACUGAUGUGGGGAAGCUGAAUCUUCAGGAUUGGCCUAACAGCGCCGUCAUCCCCAACGUGCCAGGACUUUCGGGGAGUCUGAGCACCAGUGCGGCCUGGCUCAGCCUCCAGGGAGAGGCCCACUUCGCUCUGGCAUCACCAUCUGGGGGCAUCGCUGUGGUGACGCUGCCACGCCACGACACACAGGGCGACCUGUCUGUGGUGGAGCUGAAGAGGAGCUCCAUGAUGAGGAGGAUCUCAGGAUGGAUGCCCACAGCCAUCCGAGGGGAGCAGAGUCCAGGAGAUCUUGUUCUCAGCAUGGCUGUCAGAGAGCUGGAGGAAGACUCCUUCAUCUUUGCUUUGUGCCAGGACCACAGACUUCGCAUGUGGUCUCUCAGGGAGCAGACGUGCCUUCUGGAAAUAGACAUUCUGGAAUAUAUGCCGGCCUGCAGAGGUGUAAAACGACUGUCUGGUCAGGGUCACCGCCUACGGCUGGCCUUCUCCCCUUCCACCGGCCUCUGUCUGUGUGUUUACCUGGCUGUCCCUCAGAAAGGACAGUUCACCGUCUUUCAGCUGGUGGGCACUGACAACAAUCGCUACAGCCUGGAGCACAUCUCCUCCCUGUUCAGCACGCUGGAGACCCUGGUGGACUUUUCUCUGACCUCCUCAGAUGUCUGGGCUUUGUGGGUGGAUGACUCCAAUGCCACAGUGGUCAAAUACAUCAGCUUUGAGCAGAGUGCAUCAGGUCAGUGGAACCAAGUGUUUGUUCAGCCUCUGCCUGAGGAAGAAGUUCCUGUGGGAAUGGAUCUGGACCCCAGGGAGACCUAUCUGGAUGUCCUGUUCUCUCCGCUGCACUUCAGUGCCGCGGCCAUCAUCAAAGCUCUGCAGAUCUACGGCAGAGGCUCAGAGGAGCUCCUGGAUUCAUCAUGGGAGACUCUGAAGAAGGAAGUAACUCUGGCAGUGGAGAGCGAGCAGCUGCAGAGCAGCGUCACAGAGUUCGAGUUCUCUCAGGAGGAGUACCGUCAGCUGCAGGAGGAGUUCUGGUCCCGGUUCUACUCCUGCUGUCUGCAGUACCAGGAGGUGCUGUCGUCCCCUCUGGGCCUGACAGUAGACCCGCACACAGGGAUGGGCUGUUUGCUGCGAAAGAGUUUUGUGUCCUUCCUGCUGCCUUGCUUUGCGGUGGAUCACCUGUACCUGUCUUAUGAUCAGUAUCUGAUGUCUGAGGAGGACACUCCCAUCACUGAAGACCCAGAUGUGGGUCGGGACGUCCUGCAGCUGGUUCAGUGUGUGCGGUUGCUCAGCGACUCCGUCUCUGGAGAGAUGGCGUACGAGAUGGAGAAGGCUCUGGAGUACCUGCAGACCCCAGAGAGAGCAGCGGAGCUAGUCAUGGAAGACAUGCUCUGCAAUGACAGCAAGAAUGCAAUCGCCGAUAUCCAGAGCAUAAUGCAGGAUGUGCGGAAUCCGACAACAGCCAUGAUGGUUCUGCUCAGGGAACUGGAACUGGAAACAGAUUUGGAGCUUGGAGGGGAAGGAUCUGCAAUGCCUGAUCAGACCCUGAGCUCCAGGCUCAGCCUGUCUCGUCUGUACAGCAGCAGCACCGCCGUGUCUCUCUUGGGUCAGGCUGUUUGUCACAUGGCCAUGACCCGGGCCAUGUUCUGCAGAGACCUCCUCAUCCUGCAGAAGCUCUACCUGCACUUUGGAGACAAUGUUUUUCUUGGAGGAGGGAACCAGCUGCUGCAGCUCCAGCAGGAUCUGAUCCCCCGGACGUCCCACCUUCUCUCCUCCUAUCACCUACUCAAACAUGUCAGCUGCAGCCUGGCCUCCUCUGUUGCCAUGGACACAAUAGACGUGAACUUACAGAACCUCACAGCCCUGGAACUGACGGACACACCGAGCAUCUGCUGCGGCCGACUGGGCCUCUGUCCUCAGACAGUGGUGGAGCUCUUCUACCGGACUGCAGGCAGGAAGCUGGUAGUCUCUCAGAUGUUUUCCCAUCAGCAGAUCCCCUCCCUGCUCCUCUGGAGCACAGUCAUCUCCAGCGUGGUCCAGCUGCUGGCUCAGCUGCUUUGGCCCAGUAACCCUGGUUUCCAGUUCCCUGAGUGCCUGCUGGCUGGCUGUCAGUACCUGCAGUUGCAGGAGUACGUGAGGCUGAUCAGCCCCUGGUGUCAGGUGAACGUGGGCUCCUGCCGCUUUGUUCUGGGUCAGUGUUACCUGGCCAAUGGGGAGGGGCAGAAGGCCCUGCAGUGUUUCCAGGAAGCGGCCUCCGAGGUGGAGAAAGAGGACUUCCUGAUGAAGCUGGUGGCGAGCGAGGAUGAGGAAGCUCCACCCAGAAUGCAGUACUACAAUAAGGUUCUGCGUCUUCUGGAAGACAUGGGUCUGCCGGAGCUGGUGGUCCAGUUGGCCUCUCUGGCCGUCACAGAGGCGGGAGGGGGGGCGGUUAGGCAGGCCGCUCUGUGGACAAGGAUGUUCAAGCACCAUCUGGACCUGGGACACAACAGCGAGGCCUAUGAAGCUCUGACCCAGAACCCAGACAGCAGCAUGCAGCUGGACUGUCUCCGUCAGCUGGUGGUGGUUCUGUGUGAGCGCUCCCAGCUUCGAGAUUUGGUCCAGUUCCCCUACGUAAACCUGCACGACGAGGUGGUGAACAUUAUCGAGUCCCGGGCCCGAGGUCUGGACCUGUUGACCCACAACUACUACGAGCUGCUGUACGCCUUCCACAUCGGCCGACACAACUACAGGAAAGCGGGGACGGUCAUGUUCGAGUUUGGGAUGCGUCUGGGCCGGGAGGUCCGGACCCGGCUGGGCCUCCAGAAGCAGGUGAACUGCUACCUGGCUGCUCUCAACUGUCUGAGACUCAUUAGACCCGAGUACGCCUGGAUCGUCCAGCCGGCCGCCAGCAGCGCGUGCAAGCGGGCGGGGGCAUCGCCAAAGAGAAACUCAGACGGAGAUAUUCUUGGUGAACCAGCUACAGGGAGGCAGCAGGUGGACAUCCUGGAGCUCCAGAAUCUAGAAAAAGAGUACUUCCUGUCCCGCAGCCGCCUCACGUUGGCGCAGCACCACCCAUCCUCUGCUGCAGUUGCAGGCGCUGUGUCGGAGGCAGAACUCGUCACCCUCCUGGUCCAGAACGGGCUUUUUGACUCGGCGCUGUCUCUCUGUCACACCUUCAAGCUGGACCUAAGUCCGGUCUUUGAGGGACUAGCCUUCAAGUGCAUUAAGCUGCAGUUGGGAGGGGAGGAGUCUCAGAAUGAAGCCUGGAGCUGGUUGGCUGCUAAUCAUCUGUCUGUCAUCAACACCAAGGAGUCCAGUGCUGCAGAUGAGGCGUGGCGCCUGCUGGCCUCCUACCUGGACAGAUAUCCCUCCACGAAUGGACAGCAUCACCGCCUCGUCAUCCACAAACUGCUGUCACAUGGGGUGCCUCUGCCUGAUUGGCUCAUCCAGUCCUACAAGCGUGCUGAUGCCCCGUCUCUGCUGCGCCUGCUGCUGAACUUUGACCAGCUGGAGAGCGCCGCUGAGCUGGUGUUGGAGUACGUGGACGCAGUUUUAGGUCGUGGUCACCAAUACUUUGGAAUCCAGAACCCACUGUCUGCCACCUCCCACCCGGCGUGGCUGCCGUACACCGCCAUCGACCAGCUGCUGCGCGCCUUGAGCGAGACGCAGACCCACAACACUCUCCACACCAGAGUCCAGGACAAACUGGACGAGUAUCACAGAACCGUACGGCAACUGAGCGCGCUCAGACUCACCACGCAAAGACGGCAGAUAACCACAUGAGGCGCCGUCGCCUGAUUGGUUUUGUAGUUGUUGUUGUUUAUGAAAAUAAAGUGUUUUUGUAACUGA